AUGAGGACACUGCUGCUUCUCCUGGCUCUCCUCUCCUGGGUGGCCCCAGGCAGGAGUGAGUUUUUUGACGAGAGGUGCUCCCGGAUGAAGGGCCGCUGUGAGGAGCACUGCCAGAAGAGCGAAGAGCUUGUGGGCCUGUGCCGCCGCUCCCUGUCCUGUUGUCUGCUGCUGCAGCCAUCGUUUGCCCCUGGGGUUCCAGAGAGCCGCUGUGUUAUUGUGGACCGGGAAAGUCCCACGGCCCUGUAA